AUGCGUGUCCACUACAUCGCGCUGCUGGUCGCUGCCCCCCUCGCUAGAACCGACGCCGCGUCUGCUGCCACAGAAUCCAAGAUGGCCACACCCGACUUCCGUGCAGCGGGUCGAUCGAUCGCCACGGACCAGCGCCCCCAGAGACUGUUGAGGAGCCACAAGACGAUCGAGAAAGCCGAUGACGAGAAGGAGGAGAGAGUGUUUAGCAUCAAGUUCUUAGACGAUUUUUUGGAGAACAACCAGCUCAAGGGCUGGCUCAAGGAUUCCGUGUCGGCGAGAGACGCCAUCAAACUAACGAAGCUCGACGACGCAGGGGCGAAUCUGUUCACGAGCACCCAAUGGAAGACCUUUUCCACCUACGUGACCAUGGCCGAUAAGAGCAACGCGGACCAGGAGAUGGCAACCGCACUGAUGGGACACUAUGGUCCAGACAAAUUGGUGGAUAAACUGGCGGCCGCGGCGAAAGUCCCGGAGACGAAAGAAAUCGCCACAAAGCUGGACGACGGUCUCAUUAAGUUCUGGAAGGGCUUGGACACGGAACCGAACAAUCUUUUCACGAUUCUCAAGCUGGAAAACAAGGCGGACGACCUGUUUGAUAGCCCGGCCAUUGAUACGUGGGUGAAGUACCUCAAGGUUUACAACGAGAAGCACCCCAACAAACCGGUGUCCAUGACGGAGGUGGUCGGUUCACAUUAUGGUGGUGAAAAGGAGUUCCUGACGAUGCUGGCAAAGGCAGACGACGCCAAUAGUGCUGGGGCCAAGAAGCUGCAGAACGAGGUCAUUAAGAGCUGGAUGGACGACCCCUCGCACCCGAUGAACAUCUUCACCAAGAAGCUUGGGCUUGACAAGGCCGGGGAUAAGGUGUUCAGCGACCCGUUGCUGGUGACGUACGUCCAGUACAUGAAGGCAUUCAACAAGGAGUACCCGCACACCGAGACGACACUGAUCCAGGCGCUGUCAAAGAGCUACGGAGAGAAACUGCCUACGAUGCUGGAAGCGGCCAAGAAGGUGCCCUCUACCGAGAAACUCGCUACAAAUCUGCAGGCCGCGCAGUUCAAGCAGUGGAUAGCGGAAGGAAAGACACCGGAUGCCGUCUUCAAAAAGGUGCUUAAGUUGGAAUCGACCAGCAGCCCGGACGCUGACAUUUGGCGCGCGUACUACAAGGCGUACGACGCGGAACACCCCGGAAAACUAUUUUCUUUCAAUCCCUAA